CUCUCUCUUUCCCCCUUCUCUCUCCCUUCUCUCCUGCCUCUGCCCCUUCUCCGGCGCUGCGUUGUUUUUUGCUCGGAAGCCUUUGAGCUUCCGAGGUUUUGAUGCUUGAGCCGCCGGGUUUCCUGGCCGUUCAAGCAUGGUUGGAGCCGAACUGUGCUCCCUCCUCCGACGACCCUUCCGGAUUCGGGGGUGGUCCCCUCCAUCCGGCAGCUUCUUUGGUGGAGGUGUACGCGGGGGAUCCUAGAUUUGGCAACCUCGCGACCCACCUGCUGCCUCCAGGGAUCGGCCUCCGCCGGAUUAGGUCUCUGCAUCAGCAUCCGGGAGCCUGGCGCACCUUCCACAUGGGUAGAUUGAAGGGUGUCCUGUUUGGAUCGCUUGACCGAAGGCCGCUGUAUAGCUGGGUCCUUAGUGGUUGUUCGAGUGUCUUGUGCACCUCCCUUCGGCCUCUGGAAAUGGGUUUACUCUAGUUUCUUGCUCCUGUUGUAAUUUUACUGUUUAUUUUCCUGUAGAUGCCGUAUAGCGGUGUUUGAAAUGAACCAAUUUUGUUAUG